CUGUGACUACAUGUUCAAAAUUUAAAUUCACCGCAUGACUUGUGGACCGGCUGAUUUACUUUAAUGUAAUCAGCUAUUUUUUAACAUGGAAGAAGUAUCGGCCUUCGAGAUUUAUCGAAGUCAACAUAAAACCAGCACAAUCAAGAAGAGAAAACGCGAAUUGUUAAAGAAGCACGUUUCAUCCAAAAAAUUGAAAUCCAUCAAUGUAAGUGAUGACGAUCACAAGGAAAAUAAAUUAAAGCCGAAAAUAAAUAGACCAUCAGUUAGCAAAAUUAAAAAGGAUAGUAAGGAUAGUGAGGACAAUCCCUUUAUCAAACAAAAGAAGUUAGCAACCAAGAAGGCAAAUAAAUUAAAGCCGAAACUAAAUGGAAUAUCACCGGGCAAAAUAAAAACCGAAUGUAAGAACAAUAGGGAGGAUGGUCCCCUUAUUGAACAAAAGGAGUUGGGAAACAAGAAGGCAAAUAAACUAAAAUCGAAACUAAAUGGAAUAUCACCAGGCAAAAUUAAACAGAAAAUUAAGGACAGUAGGAAGGACAGUCUCCCUGUUGAACCAAAGAAUUUAAGCAACAAAAAGACAAAUAAAUCCAAACCGAAUAUAGAUGGAAUUUCAAUAAGCAAAAUUAAAAAAAAAUUGAAGGCCACUAGGCUAAAGAAUCCAGAAUGUAGCCCUCCCCUAUUGAUGGAAACUAGUUUGCCUGUUUUAAACUUUGAAAAGGUUAACAACAUGGUUAAUAGUGCUUCAGAUGGAAAUGCCAAAAAUAAUCGUGUAAUAGUGAUAGACAGUGUUAAAAUACCUAGUGUUAAUACAGCUAAAAAUGUAAGUGAACUGGCGGAUGGAAGUCCGCCAUUAUUAGUACCAAUUAAAAAAGUGAAACAAAUAAACUAUGAUAAAAACUCUGGUAGUCCCUUAAAUAACCCUAUAGCCACUAGUUUGGCAGUUUUUAAAUGGCUUUUGUAUCCUGUGAAACCCAGAGAUUUUUUUGAAAAAGUGUGGGAGAAGGAGAUUUUGCAUAUUGAGAGGAGCAACAAGGACUACUAUAAGGAUAUCCUUACCACCGAUGGGCUCGACAGAAUUUUGAGGGAUUUUCCGCUUUACUAUACGAGAAACGUCGACGUCGUGAAUUACGAAAAUGGGGUUAAGGAGGUUUUGAAUCAAGAAGGGAGGGCAGUUCCAUCGGCCUUGUGGGACUUUUACCUAAACGGUUGCAGUAUAAGGGUGCUCAAUCCCCAAACCUACGAUCACAAAGUCCAUUUCCUCAUUUCCGCUUUGCAAGAGUAUUUCGGCACGAUGGUCGGAACGAACGUGUAUCUAACUCCUCCCAGAAGUCAAGGAUUCGCGCCCCAUUUCGAUGAUAUUGAAGCUUUCAUUGUUCAACUGGAAGGCCGGAAGCAUUGGAAGUUGUACAAACCACAUGACCAGGACGUGUUGACGAGGGAUUCCAGUCCCAAUUUUAGAGCCGAAGAUUUAGGGAGACCUUUUAUGGAGGUCACCCUCGACGCCGGUGACAUGCUAUACUUUCCUAGGGGUACGAUUCACGAAGGCCGUACCGACGAAGAACACUCUUUGCAUAUCACCGUGUCGGUAUAUCAACAUACUGCUUACGCGGAUUUGCUGGAACACAUUGUGCCGGCCGCUUUAAAAAAGGCGGCCAUGGAAAACGUCGAAUUUAGGCGUGGCUUGCCGCUGAAUUUUCUAAAACACGUGGGUCACGUGAACAAAAAUUCUCUUUCAAAGAAAAGGACGCACAUUUUGGCGAAAGUGAGGGAUUUAAUGAGCACCUUGAUCGAUUACGUCGACGUCGAUCUCGCUGCCGACCAAAUAGGCAGAAAGUUCAUGCACGACGCCAUGCCGCCCUUAUGUUCUCAACAAGAGGCCGCUAAUACUUCAAGAUAUGACGGAGAUUAUAUGAGAAAUGGCAGGGUGUUUAACAGGGUCGAAAUAGGUUUGGAAACCAGGGUCCGUUUGCUACGCUACCAUUCCGUUCGUCUUGUGGUAGAAUCGGACACCGCUUCGAAGCUCUUCUACUGCACCGAAAACUCCAAAACGUAUCACGGUGAAGAAGAGCAGUGGCUAGAAAUGGAAGACUCUUUUUGCUCAGUCGUGGAAGCGCUGCAGAAAGUCUACCCAGCGUUUGUCGAAGUGGAGCAAUUGCCCAUGGAGGACGCGGUGACUAAAAUCCAGUUGGUCAGCGAUCUGUGGGAGAGGGGAAUUUUGGUGACCGAUCGACCGUUGAUGAGCGUUUCUUCGGAUGUCGAUGGAGAAGCUUCCUCCAAGGAGGAUGUUUCUGAUGGUGAUUCCUAAUAUUUGUUCACUUCGAUUUUUGAAAAGUCGAAACUGAGCUCUUACUGCGUUUAUGGUGCCAAUUGUUAAGUAUUGAAACAAUAAAUCAAUAAAUAAAUGAUUCAUUUGCAAUAUACAGGAAGUUUUUUAUCUUUAUUACAGAAUGAGCAAAGAAUUGUAAAAAGCCGUAAUCACAACCAUUUUUCAAUAUUUGAUAGUUGUCAAUACAUAUUU